AUGAAAGGGAAGAAUCUCGGGAGAAUCAUUCUAGUAAGAGGGUAUAAGAGGCAGCAAUGCAAGGACGGAGUCCGUCCCGAUUGCUUGCGGACCGAGCUGAAGGCUCUUACAGAAGGCGAACAUCCGGAGGGGCGGCCACUCCUGCCAAAGGUCGUACGCCACAGCCACGACAUCAUCUUGCCCGUAAACCCUUUCUCCGGAGCAGAGUUAGCUUACUUUCCGAUCUCGGUACCUCUUACGUCCUCAGUCCGAUACUUGUUCUAUGAGUUCCACCAUGAUGUCUCCAAGGAGCUUUACCCCCGAGCGUUCUGCCGCCAGCCAGAGGAAAGCAGGACGAUCUGGUUCGAGCGCGUGAUCGAGGACCCAUGCGUUUUCCACUGCACUAUGGCUGUAACAAGUGCUCGCAUCUCUCACUCCCAGGGUUACGGUGGUAAAUCCGUUGCCUCUACUCAGCAUUUUGUGAUGGCUCUGCACCUGCUCCGUCGGGAUCUGGACACUAAUUCCAAGCUACAAAAUUCCAGUAUCGUUGUAGCCAUAUCACUGGCCAUGUACUCCAACAUCAACGGCUCCACAGGUGAGAGCCGAAUCCACCUGCAGGGUUUGAAGCGGAUGCUGGACCUGUGCCCCGGAGGCUUGACGUCGGUAUAUUCGGGUACUCCCGAGGUGGGUAAUAAGAUCCGCCGCGCUGAUAUCGAGCUCGCACUCUUGGAGGGAACACCGACUCUCUUCAGCUCCCAAUCAAUAUCACUACCCGAUCCUCUUCAUGUCGUCCCGCUGCAUGAUCGAAGACCAUAUGUUACUCUACCCUAUCCGCUGGACGAGAUCAGUACCGUAGUUCGUUUGGCCAUGACGGACGUGCUAGCUCUUUGCGACUAUGCUGGUCGUGCACAACUCAGCGCCUUCCAGUACCUAGACAUGGUCAUAUCCAUCAUUCAGCGACUGAUCGACUAUGCUCCGCUUGGCAGCGCACGGCCCUCACGCCUGCUAGAUGAUGCUUGCCAGCUAGGGCUUCUUGCCUUCAUGAGCACGGUUCUCAAUCAUACUCGUGGGAGACGGUCUGCGUGCUCUCCACUGCUCUCUGAUCUACUCCGGAAAUGUCUUGAUAGGUUUGACGAUGAGAUGGCAUGUGGUCGAGGCCAUAAGUACAGCUCAUUCUAUCUCUGGCUUACGUUCAUCUUCGUAUUGUCUGCGCCGGAGUUUGAACAGUACUAUCAUCCGGACUCAUCCUUCGCACGGCGUAUCCGAGUUCUGGCCAACACUCUCGCCCUCGAGACAUUGGAUGAUAUUAUAGCACAUUUGAGCGUGUACCCAUGGGUAGCAGCAUUCCACGAUGACCAAAGUAAGAAACUUUGGGAUGUUAUUUGUAGAUGA